AUGAAUGUUGACGAUGAACACCUGUCUGCCCUCGAUGUGGUUGUGCAGAAGGUCCGCAAGUGCACAGACAUGCCUGCGUACAGAGGGUAUCAGUCGACGAAGUUUGCCCGAGCAGCACGAGCUCUCAAGAAAGCAAGCGAGCACAGGCACCAAGUGACUUGCAGGGUGAUGGCCCUGAUUCACCGGUACAAUGAUCGUUAUGCGAAAACACAUGAAGAUGUGAUCAACUUAGAAGAAAAGAAGAGACCGAAGAAGGCAGGCCGUGGGAGUUACAAAAAGUGGUUGCCAACCGCUUUGUUGCGGGUUUGUUGGGGCUCCAAACCAGAUCCUCGGAAAAGGGUCGCAAAGAAUAUGGCAAGAAGACUUAGAAAGAAAACCAAGCCUUCGGCUGCCAGCCAGAAGCGCGCAGCUCCGUCUGCGUCGUCAAUCCGUGAAUGCGCCCGGCAACACGAUGCCAGCACGACUCAUGUAGCACGGGUGCGACAAGCUAUGUCUGAAGUGUUCAUGCGCGUGCAAACGCAGCAGCUGAACAUGCUGCCGCGUGUGGCAGAACAGUGGAUCGAAAUUGCGCUCGAUGAGACGCAGGAGCCUGUCACUAUGGAGACCACUGGCCAAAGUGCGCAGGUGAUGGUCAUACAUGUGAAGCUGCAUCGGCUGUCAGCCUGGGGACAGCAAGUGCAAAGCUUCAGCGUCGUGCUUCCUACCGUCGUGCUGCCUGGAACGACCACAGACGACAUCCUCGGUGGUUUGAUGGAGCGGCUACCUGUCAGCUUGGAACAGUUGAACACCCUUGCUGAAAGAACGACCUUCUUCCUGAACACAGACAGUUUUGGGAGCUGCCUGAAGUUGACGAAGUGCCUCGCAACGAAGUUUGCAUGUUUCAGCUGCCCGUGUCGCAUGCACCAGCUUUGCAUAGCAAUGACGUCCGCCAUCGCUUUGUCCGGCAUCAUGUCAUCGCUCUACUGUGGGUCCUUGCUUCUGCGCAGAGCAAAAUUUCAAAAAUCACUGCGUGCCAGGUUGGAGCACUAUCUUCGUGAUAAACUCGUCAUUACAUAUGAUGCCCCGACUAGUUCGGCUGUCAGCCAUGCCAAUGCAGUAUGGAAUUUGGCAUGGCCCUUGGUGCAAGCUGGUCACAGCACAGACACCCGUUUGACCACUCCAAAAGCCCAAGCAUGGAGGAGGCUGCGGAAGAAUCUUUGCGGGCCGCUGAACGACCACACCCGCGUGAUCCACUACUGCCCUUACGGAUGUCAUGACUCCCGCAGCGACGUGGUCGAUGAGGUUUUCAAAGAUCUGUGCACGCUUUUCUUGGACUCUCCACCAAUGGUUCCAGUUUGGAACAAGUGGACCAAGGUGGUUCCUCCUUUGAUGUGGUUUGCACCUUUCAUGCUGGUGCACGGCCUCCUUUCCCAUAUUGUGAAGCCCCUUCUUGAGGCAUUGGAGGUGACGCAGGUUCAGACUGAAGCUGUGGCCGAGACGGCUGUGACGGCAAUGUCUCUCAUUGAGUCGGAACUGGAGAGGAUCGCUGCACCAGAGCAAGAAAGCGAGGCGUUCAGAAAAGAAGAAUUUGCGAGGGUGCGGAAAUUUGCGAAGUUCGCAACUUGCAAAGGCAUGAAGGAAAAACUGACAGCAACGUUGUUGUCUCUACAGCCUGCUUUGAAAAUCAUGGGGUCCUUCUUCACCGCCGCUGAUGCAACUUCAUGUCCGGAUUUGCGCCGGACGUCCACUGUGUUGGUCCUGUCCCAGCCUUCCCAGUCGCCUGCUGUCAGCACGGUCAAGGUUUUGCUGAAUGCGCUAUCGUCCGAAGAUGCCUGUCACUGGCAAGCCUUGCACGAGCCUGAUGCUGCUUGGGAUUGCCACAGUUACACAUGCGCAGCCGUUCCAACUUGGUUGGAAGUUGGACAGCUGUAUGGCAGGCUGGUGCUGCCCUUCAGUGUUUGGCCGUUCAAAGCAGCCCUGAUGAUGGAGGAUGGCGUUUCCCGUGAGACUCAAGAGAUGCUGGCCACAGAACUGUUGAGGCUUUGUUCUCACCGAGAUCCCUUCCUGCAGUUCCUCAAGGGAGAUUUGCAAACGGAGACAGAUGUCCUGGACCCUGCCAACCUUCAACGAAUUCAGCAGCUGUUGGACCUUGCGCCAGUAACUAACGUGGUGUCAGAGAAAAGCUUUGCCGCGUCACAUGUUCGUCGAAUGACGGACCAUGGCCAGAGUCCGAAACUGCCAACGUUGGCUGCCCAACAUGUUCUAGCCGAGAGCAAAUCCAUUUUGGAUUGCCAAAGCAGGCAGAAAGCAGCCAUCCAGAGCCCUCUGCAAACAUCGGCUGUCAGCCAGAAUCCUGACAAGAACCAUGUUUGGCGACAUUAUAUGCGAAGGCACAUGCAAGCGGGCAAAACCAUGAAGCAGGUCGCUCAACAAUGGCAGCAGGAGAGCGACGAAGCCAAGGCACUCCUGGCGGCGGAAGUCGCGCGUGCUCCAAGACCGCCUGCCUCUCCCCAGCUGGCAGUCCCUGUUACCGCACCUGCUGCUCCAGCAACCGUAUCGGUAUGGCCGCAUUGCGGAGAUGAUUUCUACCCGUUGCGUGCAGACUGCUUGGAAUCUAUGGUUGAUGCGGUUCGUCCACUGGCAGAGAGCUGGGUGCGGCGAGUGGGCGAGAGGGAGUGCAAGCCAAUGACAGCCACAGUUUCGGAUUGCGGCCCUUUGUGUCGUACCACCAAGUGUGUUCGGACUUUGCAAGACUGGCAGUCCAGUGUGCUCGAGCAUGUGCGUGUGAAGUUGAACAGGUUUGCUGCCUUCUGCAAGGCAAAGCCUCCAAAUCUUGGAGACAUGUGGCCUGCGUUGCCGGCAUUGCACAUCCAUAUAGAAGCGUCGUCUGGCAGCAGCGCUGAUCGACCCAAGGGGUUGACCUUGCUGCAGCUGUCUCCGCUGCAUGAUGCACAAGUUUACUGCUUGGCGAAACCGUCCGCAGCACCAUUGCCAGCUGAAGGUGUUGUGCUACAGUUUGAGCCGCAGAUUGACAAUCUGCGUGGAGCGACAGAGGUGAUGGAACUUUGUUUGACGAUGCUGCCCUCGCAGCCGCUGCUUUCUGGGGCGCCAAUGCCAAAAGAAUCCUUGCAAUUCCAGUGCUUGCGCUGCAAGCACACAAGUUUGACAUCCAUGAAGGUUCAGGUCGUGGAAGAUAUGGCUGACAUGGAGGCUGCGGCUGCCAGCAAAAGGAGAAAGGACAAAGAGGCUUCUGACAUCUCAGCAACAGUGCAGCGGUUGGAUGAUGACUCAUUGUUGAAGAAGCGCAGGAGGAUGCGGUAG